CCACAAAGCUAUUGGACAUACUAGUUCGAAAUCUAAUUGCUUGUAGCCACUUAGCUAAAAUGAGCAUGAGAACUCUUUCACUGAGCUCAUCUCAAAAUUAUUACAUACCACCAUCCAUUGUGCAAUCUUCUGCUAACAAUGCUCUCAAAGGCAAUGGAAACUCCAUUAAAUAUGGAGGGAUUAAGGCCAUGGCAGAGAAGAAUGAUGGCCAAAAAGAAAAGCCUAAAGAGAAGAGUAAACAGUCUUUGUUUACCAACCUCACUGAUGCUCUUGAUUUCUCCCAAGUAAGGUCUUCACAAGAUGCACAACUUCUUGAGGAGGCUAGGGAGGCUACUAAGACGGGAGGAAAAAUGUCUCGUGAACAAUAUGGAGCAUUGAGGAGGAAGAUCGGAGGCACGUAUAAGGAUUUCUUCAAGUCCUAUGUUGAUGUUGAUGGGCAAUAUGUGGAGGAGGGAUGGGUGGAUAAGACUUGCAGGGUGUGCAAGAAGGACACAAGUGGAGGGCCAAGGCAGAAGGAUAAGUUUGGGAGAUAUGCUCAUGUUGCAUGUUUGGAGAAAUCUAAGUCAUCCAACUUUUUCUCUAGACUUUUCUCUUGAUGCAAAGUUUCACAUUUUUAUUUGUCUACAUACUCUUCUUUUCCCUUUAGUAUAUAUAUUGUUACUGUCUGUUUUCAUACAUAUAUAAUGCAUUGAGAACAGAGAAGAUUAGAGGAGACAAAUGAUGUGCAGAUUCAUAGAAUUGAACUUCUUUUCCUCAAUGACUUGUGUUUAUUUUUUUAUGCUUA